GCUAUUUUCAUCACUUCCUUCCUCCCACUCAAGCAGUGGCCACCAUCCACUGCCUUACAUAGAACUGCCACCUAAGCCUCAACCAGGACGGUUUGAGCCACAGAAAGGGGUAUCCGACUGCAGGCCUCAAAGCCAGCUUGCACUAUGCCUGCCUGGGGGGCGCUGUUCCUGCUCUGGGCCACUGCGGAGGCCACCAAGGACUGCCCUGUACCAUGCACCUGCCAGGCCCUGGAAACCAUGGGACUAUGGGUGGACUGCAGGGGGCAGGGCCUCACAUCCCUGCCUACCCUGCCAGCCCACACCCGCCACCUCCUGCUGGCAAACAACAGCCUUCGCUCCCUACCCCCCGGUGCCUUUGACCACCUACCCCAGCUGCAGACACUCGACGUGACACAGAACCCCUGGUACUGCGACUGCAGCCUCACCUACCUGCGUCUCUGGCUAGAGGACCAUACACCUGAGGCCCUGCUUAUUGUCCACUGUUCCAGCCCCGACCUCAUCACCGUCCAUCCACUGGGCCAGCUCACAGGUUAUGAGCUGGGCAAUUGCGGCUGGCAGCUACAGACAUCCUGGGCCUACCCAGCAGUCUGGUGGGAUGUGUCACUGGUUGUUGUGGCCACAAUUGACCUGGCUCUCCUGGCUGGCCUGCUGUGCACUGCCACGGGAUCCCUAGACUGAGCCCAGGUCCCCAGGGUCACCCUCAGGCCAGGCAGCCAAGCCUUGAGCCCCUCCUUAGACUCCACCAACCCCGAUCAGCCAGAACCACCAGUAACUCAAAAUAAAUUUGCUGCUCAAUCAUUUUA